AUGGGACAGCUCUGGCUGCACAAAACGUCUUAUGGAAAUCGAAACCAACUUUUAGCGUCACGCGGCUUCAUUCUCUUUCUAGUUGUCAGCGCUCUAGCUGCCGUAGUGAUCGCUGAUAAAUCCUCCAACAUUUCAUCAUUUGCGGUCUCAGCGAACCAACUACCAGACUCGCAGUCACUCUCCACCUUUCGCACAGUCGCCGAUGUCGAAGACGCAGUGGACGGCGAGCCGGCGACAGUUUCGCCAGCUCGAGACGACAGCUGGGACAGCGACGGCGAAACAGCGUUAGAGUCGAGGGAUGCGACAGACGCCGCAGCGGAGGGAGGCGACACGUGGGCAGUGGAAGAAGCAGACGACGACGCGGCCGAAACCAGGACGCGGCCGAAGCAACGAGCUGACGAGAAGUUCGAUUACCUUGCCACAGUGGUGGCCAAUGCGACGGCGGACGGCUCGCAGCGGAGAAAGCUUCAAAGAGCGUGGGUGUACGUGGACUCGUACCGGCCCAUCUACAACGGGAAUUCCUGCAAGUUCAUCCGCUCUGGCUUUAACUGCGAGCGCAAUGGCCGCACCGACUCCAACUACCUGCGCUACCGCUGGAAGCCGCGCAAUUGCAACCUGCCGACCUUCGAUAUAGGCACUUUCCUGCCCAUGAUGCGAAACAAGGUGAUCGCGUUUAUCGGCGACUCCAUCGCGCGCAACUUCCAGCAGUCCGUGGCGUGCCAGGUGGGCGCACGCGAGCUGGUGCAGGAAUGGUCGGGAACCAUCAACGGGCAGGCGGUGUCGGGGCUCUCCAUCCCCAACUACAACAUCAAGCUGCUCGCCAUCAUCUCGCCGUUCCUCGCGCGCUACUCCAACUCGCCCUCGGAUUUCACCAAGUACGGGCUCAAGCCACCGCAGCGGAAGGAGAUCGAGGGUGGAAACGGCGGCGCGCAGGGAUACGUGGUGUGGACGGACAAGCUGGACCCGCUGUGGACGGCGGUGAUGCCAUCUGUGGACGUGGCCGUGUUCAUGUCGGGGCACUGGUUCCUGUCGUCGCAGGGCCGCACGGACGUGCGCUCGCUGGCGUACGUGCGCGGGCGCACCGUAAAGGCCACCACGGGGUUCGAAGCGUACGCCACCACGUUGAAACAAGUGGUGCAACACCUGGACAACGAGAUCAAGUACAAGGGCCUGGCGCUCUGGCUGAGCUACACGCCGUCGCACUACAGCUCCUCCAACCCGCCCUCGUGCGACUUCAACGCGCCUUACCCGCCCACCAUGGCCAUCGCUGACAAGUCGGCGGUUACGUUCAACGACAUUGAGAAGCGCGCCGCACGCGCGUCCAAGAGCAUCAAGCAUAUGGACCUCACGGCCAUGAUGGCGCUAAGGCCCGACGGGCACGUGCAGAAGUACUACGGGCCGGCCAAGAACAGCAAGACCAAGUGGGACUGCCUGCACUGGUGCUUGCCGGGAGUGCCAGAUGCGUGGACGGACGUGCUGCAGCAGAUGCUCAUCUAUCGCCUCGGCACUCAGACUCCCGCCUGA